AUGGAAUCCUUCAUCCCCAUGGGCGGCUUUCAACUGCCUUUUCAACGCCGGCUCAGCCGCCUCUACAACGACACCAAAAAAUCGAGCGACUUUGUCAAGGAGCCCGUUCAAAAUGAAGAGGACCCGGAGAUGAAGACACUACAUCGGAAACUCCGCAUCCAAAAGGAUCGCCUCGUUAGCUGGGGCCUUGAAUGGUCUGACCCGAGCCAAUCCACGGAAAUUGACGAAUCUCUCUCCAAGGCUGGCCUGAGCGAGGUCGUGGGAAGCAUCAUGUCCACCAUCAAAGACAUCCUGGCCGAGGCGGAACCCCUUUGGCAGAGCUCGAGGCAUGUUGUUGCUUCCAGCAGAGCAUCGCCGGACAAGAAAGUUCCCUUAGUUCAGUGGGACAAGGCUCGGUUUGAGGACCUUAUUCGCGAUCUCACUGCCUCAAUUGACACCUUAUAUGACUUGUCGCGGACGAGGUCGUCCGGAUACUUUCCUAGACGCAUGUCCAAGACUACAUAUAAGUCGCUGGCUACCGAUGAAUUUAGACCAUUUGAGUCGAGUCGUAUGCAGACACCACAGCAUAUCGACCCCAUGACGCUCACUUUUCUGGGUCCCAAACGGCAGGAUGCAUCCGCAGCCCCUGCGAGGCAAGUCGUCUUCAUGAGCAAGAUUGCAUAUUCCGAAUUGACCCAGGGUACCACAACCAAAGCACCAUGGGCUCCUCUACUUCUAGAGUAUGCCACGUUUGACUCGAUUUACUCCGUGACUGGAAUUAUGCCACCAAUGUCGCGAUUCGAAAGGCUGUCGUCCGGCCUACAGCAAGAUCCCCAGCGUGCUCCAGGGACCUGGACGGGUCUACCGCGUCUCUUGGGAUACUUUGAAGACUUGGAGAACUCACGAAUCGGCCUUGUGUACAGGCUCCCGCCUUCCUUCAAUGCCGUCUCCCUUGAGCCGCGCACCAAGAACCCGCUGUAUAAUCUUCCGACGUUGCAUGACCUUCUCUCUCGUCAAGAUGAACCACCUUUGGAAGCAAAGUUCAGAUUGGCCUACAACCUCACCAAUACCAUCUUCGACAUGCACGCUAGAGGUGUUACCCACGGUAACUUGGCUGCUAAAAACAUAUCUUUUGGCAAUGCUAGUACGGAAGACGCCAAUGCCGAAAAUGGCGUUAUUGACAUCCGCCGACCUCUUGUGUCUUCUUUCGACAUCUUCCCAGAAGACGAGGCUGCGUCCAAGCCGUCGCCUUGGAGACAUCCUUUGGAUCCUCACAGCUCACGAGGGUCUCCCGUUAGCAGGACUACGGAUGAGCGUGUUCUCGAACUGUACUCGCUUGCUAUGGUGCUGUUGUCCAUUGGCUUGUGGACACAGCUUGAGGCACUGCUUCCCAACUCGGCAUCGACCAUUGUUCCUGCGUCCGCUUUGGAUCGAUUGACAGUGAAGUGCGGGACACUUUACGUGAAGGCGGUCCAAGCCUGCUGGCAUGCGGUUGAUGAUGAGUUGAAUGGACAAUCAGGCGGGGAGAUCCUCUUAUCCGCAAUACAAACGCAAACUACCCGGUUCCUGGAGACUUGUUGCAUUUUGGAUGGCGUGAGUGAUCUCGAGCAGCGUCUAGACCAGGAAGUGCGCGACACAACCGUGACCCAGCAGCAGCGACUUGAACCCACCAAUGAUACCAAAUCUCCAUCGGGAUAUCCUACAGACAAGAAAACCUCGGUGCUGACAUCUGACUCUAACCGAGGGCUAGUGGGACACGUAGACCUGGCCGGAGAGGAUGUCGAUGGUAGAGAAGCCUUCAUGACUGAUUUAGUCUUGUGCUCGACUAACACAUUGGCAGAUGCUCCGGGCAAGCAGAAAAUGAGGCUAUAUCCUCAUGUACCACUUCCGCCCGACGUUGUCGACAAGUGGAACACCAUCUUGAUGCCCCAAAUCAACCAGGCUCUCCGCCACUUUUAUCGAAAGCAUCCCGAAUCUGUUGAAAUCUCUUUAGAAUCUGUCGGGACAAGCCCCCAGGCUGCGCAGCCGACCGUCUUGAUUGUUUGUACCUCGGUUGGAAAAGUCCGCGCCAUUUUGAAGAAACGAAUUGGCGAGCUCUUUGACGGCACAACUGGAUUCUCACUCAAGGUGUGCCGGGGCCAUGUUCUCCGGUCCCGGCGCUUCUCGAAAUCAGUUUUCCGAUCCAUGGCCCGAGCAAAUGCCGCCGACGGCGACGAUGAAGACGAGACGGAGGCAGUAAAUCCAGAAUAUCAGGAAUGCCCGGGAAAUGGAGCCAGCAUUGGCGCCUGGAUCGGCGACCGACAUUUGCCACCAGUUAGUUUCGGCGGCCUUGUCUUGGUCGAUGAUAAGCCGUAUGGCAUGACGGUCCACCACAUGCUCGACGACCCAGACCGGGACAUGACGCAAAUAGACACCCUACGUAGCAGUGCGGCUCCAGGCCAUGACUGGUAUGCCGAGUUUAUGGAGGGCAGCGGGGAUGAUGAAGAUUUUGCGUACGACUUGUCAGAUGCGGAAUCUGAGCCGUACUCUGAAACCGACAUUACCAGCGACUACGGCGACGACGACGGCGACGAAGAGGAAGAAGAAGACGAGUUUGAGCCGGGCGAUAUUCCAGGAAUUGAGCCGGGAUGCGGUGACGGCUACGUGGUAACGCAGCCAGCUUUGGAUGACGUCGAGGAGGGCUUCUAUCCUUGUGCAGAGACCGAAGAUGAAGACCACCUUGACACCUUCAGCUUGGGCGAGGUUUAUGCCUCCAGUGGCAUCCGCCGCAAGCAGGCACAAGGCCUGAUCCAUGAAGUGGAUUGGGCGCUGUUUGAGUUUGCAGACGGCCGCCUCCCCGAGGAAAAUGUCAUACCUCGUUGUGAGGACGGCAAACCGAGGUCGGAUUCGAGCGACGACGCCGCCAAACUACGGCCCACAACAGUUGCGCCCUCAUCUUCACUGCCGGGGAUGGAGGUGCAGUGCGUUGCUCGAACGAGCGGCCUGCAAAGCGGUCAAAUUCUGCCCGCCCUGACCAGUGUGAAGAUAUACGGCCGACGCUCGCCGAGCCACACGUACCAAGUCGCCAGCACGCCAACGGUUGGCGAAGGAAAGCCCAAGACAUCCAGUCUGCCCAUGGGUAUUCCCGGCGACAGCGGAGCUUGGGUGGUGGACCGUCGCCACGGCCAGUUGUGUGGCCACGUACUGGCCUGGAGUCAACGGAAGCGAGUUGCCUACAUUUGCCCCAUGGAUGUCCUCUUGCUUGACGUCGCGCAGACGCUCGAGGCAUCCGAAGUGCGUCUUCCGGGAGGUGAGCCCGUGGUGACACUCGGAGAUCCUAGCCAAUACCACAGCGCGAAGCAAUCGAGAGAGGGCGAGGACAAUGACGACGACGACCUGAGGGACUUGGUGGAGUACGAAGACGACGACGACGCUCCGGCAUUGGCUCCAGGUCCAUCAAGUGCGAGACAGGGAGACAUGGAAAGCUCACCCACCUCCGCCAAGAGCCCAAGUAAUCAAGAAUCGUCCAGUCCACUGCGACUAGAGACGUCUACUGAACUGCGAGGACUCGCAAGUCGGUUAGAGGACCUCAAUAUUGCGAGAACACGGAGGAUAGGGGUGAACGGGUGA